AUGUCUUCGGAGGAGAGUACGAGCAGCGAGAGCGAGAGCGAGGAAGAGGCGAUCGAUGGCGAGGACAAGAGGAAGAGGGGUGCGCCCGAAGGAGCCCCUCGUAUUGCCAGCGGCCCUCUCAUGGAGGGAGAAGACGAUGAAGAGCUGAGGGAAGAAGAGAGGGAGCUGAUAGCUGCGAGCGGGAGCCGGUUUCGCCGGUUCGCCUUCGACCUGGUGGAGUCCCGCUGGUUCAGCUUCUCCAUCCUGGCCGUCAUAAUCCUCAACACCGUCUUCAUCGCUGUCCAGACCUCUAAAUACGUCGUGGCCAAGGCUGGCAAGUGUCACUCCAAGUGGUGGCUGAUGCUGGUGGAUCAAGUGUUCCUGGCCAUAUACAUCGUUGAACUGAGCCUCAAAAUAUACGUCUGGAGACUAAAGUUUUUCAAACAGUUCUGGAACAACUUCGAUGCAGCCAUUGUGGCCUCGAGUCUGAUAGACUUCCUCAUUCCACUCAUUGUCCAGAACAUCGGUGUCUUUGAUCCCAGCGUCUUCCGGGUCCUGCGUGUGUUCAGAGCCAUCAGGGCUCUCAGGGCCCUCCGAGUUCUCAGAACAAUCAGACACGGUAGGCUUGCUUUGGUUGUGAAUUCGGGAUGUCUGUUAUAUUAUCUGUGUUGUCCAAUUGGUGGAUGGGACUUUGACAGCUGUGCAGACAUAUUUGCCAUCAUAGGCAGGGGACUGUACGGUGAGGUGGACCCUGCCCGGUUUGGUAAUCUGGGGCGGGCUUGUUUCACCCUCUUCCAGUUGAUCACUCUCGACGACUGGUUCUUCAUGUACUCCACAGUCCGGGACGAGCACCCAGAGCAUGGUCACAUCAUUGUGUACCUGUUACUGUUCACCAUUAUGGAGACUUUCAUCUUCAUCAAUCUAUUUGUGGCAGUGAUCGUGGAUAACCUGGCACGCACACAGGCAGUGGCCAACGCCACUAAACCCAAGAAGCUCCCUGAACUGGACAAGAAGACAGAGAUGGUGCAGGAGAGUGACCAGGAGUUACACCCGGCGGCUCUACUCACUUCAGCAGGCCACGGCAGAGGGAGAAGAGCAGAUGAAGAGAGGGCUGGGGAGAAGCAGCCAAAGACAGUUGAUGACUUCUACAGCCCAGAGCAGUAUUCACCAAGGAAGAGGGAGCUGAUGGGAAGAUUCCUCCAGCUGCUGGCGUCACUAGAACACCACACCUUCACCGCCCAGAGACACUCCCAGGUCCUCGACGAACUGGUCGACCUCGUGGACUUCUCCAAGAACUGA